UCACAGAGGUGAAAUAGAGGUUAUACAAUUUCUCUUUGCUCGUUGUUUGGAACUCUUCGUUUAGUGUAGAUAUAAAGUCUGUGCUGGACCUACCUAUUUCAUCACAAUGAGACUAGUGUCUAUGUUAUUAGUGAUAGCUGUCUUAUAUUUUGGAGAUGAAGUGUAUGCAGCCGCUUAUGAUAAAGAUGUGUAUACUCUAGUUACGAAACUUCGCACUAUCAACCCUUGCUCCCUCACUAGAGGAAUCGUACACCCUGAUGAGGAACUAGCACAGAAAGAAAAUGAUUGUCAGGCAGCUUUCAAAAAAUGGGACGAUGUCUUGCCGUAUGCUCUGAGAACAUCGUCCUGUAAAAAUGCAAAACAUGCAAGAUGUCAUAAGUUCAUCCACUUGCCCUUUCUCGUCUGCGCUGUAGAUGUGCCAGCCUGUACCACAGGCAGUUGUCUUUUUGGAUCCACGGAAUCAAAGGUAAUGUCCCUAAAGGAUUGUGUCAAAGAUGUAAGAUCUCCGACAAUAAGAAGGACCAAUAGCAAACCAUAAAUUAUGUGAUGCUGAAAUUUGGGACUUUAAACUCUCCUCUCUUACACUUCACGAUCCAAUUACGGACGUCCGCAACUCUACCUUCGAAAAGUCGUGUAACUUUUGUUGCGCAUUUUACAGAGAUCUGCAUUUGAUUCGAAUUUUCACCCUUUAAAAUAAUGGAAUGUAAUUAUUAGUUUAAUUGCCAACUUUAAGUCCUAACUUAAGGUGAUUCGACGGACGCCAUAUUUUGUGUCAGAACGGCAUGCGAUAUAUUGCAUCAAUCGGUUCCAUUUUUUUAGCUACUCGUCAUUUUUCUCAAAUUUUGAGAUCGCA